AUGGAGAGCGUAAAUCGUGGCGCAGCAGCGCUGGUUUUCUGUGCGCUUUUGUUGUGUUGGCUGCAGGAAGGGGCCGCCUCUCUGCGCGCGCGGUGCGUCCAGGGUCACUGCUGGUUCCAAAGCCUAGAAAACUUUGACGACGCAAAGACGGAGUGUGAAAAUCAAAUGGGGACGCUGCUGGUGUCCAAGUGCGAGGAAAGCGCGCUGAUGACGAGCCUCCUAAGCGGGGUGAACGGGAGGUUCUGGCUGAGGAACGCCGACCCGGGAGAAGCCUCUCGCUGCUCCGCGGUGUCUGUGAGGAAGGGGCAGAACGCUACGUGCGUGUCGGAGCCGUGCCAGGACAGACUGGACGGGUUUCUGUGCCAGUUUGCACCCGGUGACACCUGUGGUGUUUUGCAGACAGACGCGCAGGUGACUUACAACACCUCCCAAGGAUUUACGGUGGAGGAUUCGCUCUCGCUUCCACAUGGAACCAUCGCCACACUGAAGAGGGAUGGCACGGACUUCCCAGACUCCAAACACCUGUGCAUCUCAAAGCAGUGGAUUCCAGCUCCUUGGAACUGCGAGGUAUUUGGUGGAGGCUGCGAGCUCGGGUGCAACUCAACCUCAACCGCCUGCACCUGUCCCGCCAACCACACCAUCCACUCCAACCGCAUCUCCUGCAUCCCGCACCCCUGCGCAGCCUGCACCCAGGGAUGCGAGCGCCAGGGGGACAGAUAUGUGUGCACAUGUGAGAAAGGCUUCAGGCUGGAGCUGGACGACAAGAGCUGUGUGGACAUAAACGAAUGCCAGGAGGAGCCGAGCCUCUGCGCAAACGAGGGAGAAGAAUGUCAGAACACUCUGGGGUCAUACAAGUGCGGCUGCAUGAUUGGUUUAGAGGAGGAGGAUGGGGUGUGUGUGAAUGUUUCUAUAUGCAUGCUGUGUGAGCACCUGCAAUGUGAAAAGGUGAAUUGGGUGUAUCAGUGUGCAUGCAGGGAGGGCUUCAGGGUGUCACCCACAGACCCCACCAUGUGUGAGAAGCACUGCAGCACAAGAGACUGUGAGGCUGAAUGCAUCCCCAACACUGGACAGGAGGCCACGAGCGCAGAGCAAUGCUACUGCCCUGAGGGCUACAUCACAGAUACCAGGAACGGCACAGUCGUCUGCACUGACAUAAACGAAUGUGAGCAGGAGAAGAUGUGCGAUCACCACUGCGAAAACCUGUUCGGAGGCUACAGGUGCUCCUGCAACGACGGCUUUGAGCUCCAAGACCACGGGAGCUGCGUGCCCCUGGAUGUGACCUACACCGAGCUUGGAUCAGGUUCGGAUUUUCCACCUCUGGCUACAUCCGACACGCCCAGCAGCCUUCAACCGGCCUCGCUGCCCUCCUACAUCAAGGCUGGCAGUGUGUUGGGUAUCAGUGUGUUCUUGGUGUUGUGUGUGGUGCUGCUGGGGUGCCUGGCCAGAAACAUGAUGAAACAAUGCAGGACAUUCAACAUUUAUUCCUUUAAACAUCCAGAUAUUGAUAUUUUUUACCUGCAACAGGUGACAGCAGAGACGUACAAGAGGCUGUCCUUUGACAAACAGCCCAGAAAUGACCCGUAA